CUUGGUACGAAUUUCCUCGAACAAGAAGGGGAAAAAAGAAACUGUAAUACGCUCUAACCUUCUUCGCAUGCAGUCGGAGUUCCGGCUACCUUAACGGAGCCCUGUUCAAUUAUCCACAAAUUUCACUCCCUUUUAGAUCUCUGUCCUAUUUUUUUUUUAAAUCAGAUCUCAACUGAACAAAGUAAUUAAAAAAAUAAGAGGAAAUUAUAUAACUUUUUUCCGAAAAUGUCUAAACCCUGGGGUGGCCUCGGCGCGUGGGCCGCCGAGGCCGAGCGAGAAGAGGCGGAGGAACGUCGAGCUGCGGAAGCAGCGGCUGCUUCUGCUCCCAUGGCUGAUUCGUGGAGUUUUCCUAACCUAAAGGAAGCCGUUAGUGCGAAACCCAAGAAGAAGAAAAUGACUCUCUCGGAGUUCAACAGGGUGACUAAUUCGUCGUCCGGAGGCGGCGGCGUCGGUGUGGGUGCUAGGGUAACGGAUUACAACAAGCUGACACCCGAAGAGAUGAUGCUCCUCCCGACCCGACCCAAAGAACGUACGGCUGGUGAAAUGCAUUAUGGCCGUCUGGGAGGAGGAUUUUCGUCUUAUGGUAGGCCCGGUCCAUCUGCGGGUCGGGGUAUGCGUGAACGUGACGGAAACGACGGGUUAUGGGGCUCCGGACGAAGGCAGUUCGGAGGUUUUGAUGAAGAACGACGCGGUCCACCUUCUAGGGUUUCUGAUUACGAUCAGCCAUCGCGUGCUGAUGAGGCGGAUAAUUGGGCAGUGGCGAAGAAAACAACUCCUUUAUUUGAUUCGGGCUGUCAAAACCGAUACGGUGGACUUGGAACUGGGGGAGGUGUUGGAAACUCUAAGGCUGAUGAGGCUGAUAAUUGGGCUGCUGGAAAACGGCCAAUUCAGGCUCGACCUUCAACGUUUGGUUCAGGUUUUCGUGACUCUGGACCGGAGCCUGAUAGAUGGAUCCGAGGUGGUGGUGGGGGUGGAUUCAGGGAGGAAAGGCCUAGAUUAGUUUUGGAUCCUCCUAGAGGGGAAGUGAAUGAGUCAGCUGUUAAGACGAAUAAACCUAAUCCUUUUGGGGCAGCGAGGCCAAGGGAACAGGUGUUGGCGGAGAAAGGAUUGGAUUGGAAGAAACUAGAUUCUGAUAUUGAAUCAAAGAAGGUAUCUAGCAGGCCUACAAGCUCUCACUCCAGCAGGCCAUCGAGUGCACAAUCCAGCAGGUCUGAAGGUCCCCAGCUUCAAGGGAUUGAAAAUGUAGUUAAGCACAGGCCAAAGGUCAAUCCGUUUGCAGAUGCUAAGCCUAGAGAAGUUUUGCUGGAAGAGCGGGGGAAAGAUUGGCGGAAGAUUGAUCUUGAGUUAGAACCUCGAAGAACAGACAGGCCAGAAACACAGGAGGAAAAGAUAUUGAAACAAGAAAUAGAUGAUCUAAAGGAGCUUGAGAAAGAUUCAACUCCAGAUUCAGAAUCUACUGGGGACCAGUUCACUUUACGUGAGACACUUCAUCACAACGAAAGGGAAUUAGAGAAACUUAUCCGAGAUAUGGAGAACAAAGUUAGAUUUGGGCAGAAAGGUUUCGAAAGGCCUGGUUCUGGAUCUGGCAGGAGUGGCAGCUUCUCUGAUAGACCACCCUCUCUGUCUGGUUCUAGUUAUGGUUCUAGAAAUAUGGAGUUCAUAGAUAGGCCUAGGUCUCGUGGUUCUGUAGAUGCGUGGACAAGACCUGCUGAUGACCGAAGAGAAUUUCAGGGAGGAUUUCAAGGUGGAUGGGAUAGAGGAUUUCGAGGAAACAGAGAUUUGGAUAGGCCAAUGUCAAGGGAGAGAUGGUGAGCCCCGGAAUUGGCGUUGGUUUGUUAAAUUCUGGCCUCAAACUUUUGACAGCCGGAACCAAUAAUACUUUUGUUGCCUCGUGACUUGUUUUGAUUGUUCUCUUGUUUUUGGCUCUGGUAAUGUGGAGCAAUGAUUCUUCAGUAUAGGGAUACUGAACUCUGCCAUAAUCUUAUCUUUGAAACUAUGUAAAAUGGCCUUUCUUUUGUACACUUAUUUCCACUCCCAAUUUUAUUAAGCAUACGUUGUUGAGGUUCC